AUGGCAGUCAUUAGUCCAAACCAGUUUGCCUCCUUCUUUGACAUCGUCACUCCCAACAUCCUGCGGGAUGCAUCGCUGUACUCCACCGCGGUGAAGGAAGCUUUCCUCCAGGCGGCUCUGCUGAGAGGUGGGCUGUCCUCUGCAGCAGUUGCUGAUUCAGAAGUGCAGCAGUGGGUGACCGUUCGGCUCAGGCCGCUCCUCUCCAGCCUCUCCUCUGCAGAUGUAACACCAUACUUCAACAUCAUCAGAGGCAGGAGCUGCAACACCAGACAGACAGCAGUGAGCAGUUUGGACUCUGUGAGACCAUCUUUGAGCAGUGACACACAGACUCAAAUCUACAGCAACAUCCAGCAACUCCUUACGGGGCCAAAUGGUUUGGGCUGCUACAGUGGCGGGAGCUUCUAUGCCUUCCUCAAGAACUCAUUCCUCAGUUUUGGGUUUCCUGACCUGAGUACCUUUUUGUCCCUCAUCCCAGGCAGCCGACAGCAAGAGCUGUUGGGCUCCAUCUCUCCAGCAGAACUGAGCGUGUUUCUGAAUGGGCCGAACACAGUCAGGAACGGGUCAGACCUCUGCACGCUCCUCAACAACUACAACAGCACCAACCAGUACCUGCAGACGCAGCCAGUUGUAUCUGCAGCUGUGGGCAGACAGACGUUGGGGUGCGUUUGGUCUCGUGCUCUCAGCGCGUCGUCUCAGGAUGAGGUGGAUCAGUGGUUUAAUGUCAGACUGGCUCAGUACCUGCCCCUCCUCAGCUCUCAGCUCAUCAGCCCCACCCAGCUCAGUGGCGCCUCCUGCCUGUCAUACAGGAAACUGGUUUCAGUCCUGGGGAACAGCUAUAAUUACUCAGCCACGGAUUUCACUCCAGCUGUUGUGUACAGCUCUAUGAAGGCUUAUCUGAACAGCAGUGAUCGCUCUCCCCGCUGCUAUAACCCCACCGAUCCUCUUCUGAACUCCACUGCCUGGUUUGCCAAUAACAUUGGCUCCUUCAUCACCUUCAUCUCCCUCACUGACCUCCAGUCCUUCGUGUCAGACAGCAAGAUCGGUGUGUUCCUGGAAAACUCAGAGAAUAUUCGGCUGUUUAACAUCUCAAGAAUUUCAUCUGAUGUCACCACAUACUACGGCACGCAGCUAUACAUCCAGAAUCCAAACUACAACCCCCUCAGUUUGCCAGGUGUGCUCUUGUGUGGAGCUCCUGGCUCCAUAUUCGUGUCUCUUGGAGCUGCAGACAGCCAAGCCAUCCUUGAGAGUAUCAGAAUAUCCUGCCAACAAAUUAGUCCAGAGGUAACAGCAGCUCUUGUUGCAAACCUCCCUGCUUUGUCUACGAAUACCAUCCAGUCACUCGGCAACCAGAGCAUUGCUCUGACUGAGGGCCAGAUAAACAAUGCUAAACCCAGUGUCAUUAAUAGUACUCUGCCAGUACUGAGCAUCAUCACAGGCUGGAACCAGGGUCAGGUCAACAACAUCAUCCAGAGUGUCAUUACUGCAGGAUUUAAAAUCAACAGUGGCUCCUCCCUGGUGACCCUGGGCACACUCAUAGCAGGUGUUCCUUCAGCAGCCAUCUCCAGCAUCUCAUCCACUGAGCUUCUGACCGUGUCCCACAAUCCAACAUUCAUCAACAACAUUCUGUCAGCACCAGUGAUUCUGCAAGAAACAUACGUCCAGAAGAUUGUCUCUGUGGACCAGACUAAAGUGGUGGAGAAUGUCCCGGAUGCGUUGGCAGGGUAUAUCCCACCAGUGCUGCUGACGUCUCCCACCUCUGUUAAUGUUACUCUCAUCAACAAGAAGAGCUGGAGAGCAGAACAGGCGGUGGUGUUGUUCAGCUCAGUGGCCAGCGCCAGUGACAACACAGAAGAGCUGUCUGAAUCAAUACUGCAGGGAUUCACCUGCAGCUCGGUUCAGAAACUACCACGGUCAAAAGUCACACAGCUGGUGAGAGCCUGCAGACCACGUGCUGGCAGGAACAAGGUCUUCCUGAAAGAGCCUCAGCUGACCUGCAUGUACAACUACAUGAAAGACGAUUCAUCUCUGAACUUCACUGAUUUACCUGCUGACAUGCUUCUCUACUACAGCUAUGAGAAGGUGCAGAAGGUGAACUGCAGGUCGUAUUUCACAGCUCUGGGUGGAGCAGAUUUCUCGGUUCUUUCCAGCAUCCUCAACAGACAGUCAAUCUUAUUCCAGAAUGCACAGAACUGCCUGGGUAUAUCAGGUUUGAGUCUGAACAGCACUCAGGUGGAGGUUCUGGGUAAUAUGGCCUGCACACUGGACUCCACCUAUAUUCAGAACUCUGACCCACUCAUCCUGGAGAAACUGAAGAACUGUGGAGAUCUUUCUGACUCUCAGGUCACCGCCAUACAGACACUGCUCUACACUGGCAACACUACUUACGGUAAUCGCUCAUCAUGGAAUGUAGACACUCUGAACAAGCUGGGCAUCCUGCCCCUCUACCUCAAACGAGACUUCUGGAACCAGAUUAGCUCUACUACAAAGAAAACAUUCCUGAAGUCAUUCAUUCCAUUCCUGAGGAAGCAGAAGAUCCAGAUACUGAAGUUAAAGAGAUUCUUUACAGAAUUCAACAUUAAUUUCAAAGUCAGCGGCCGUGCGAUAACAGCAUGCACUACAGGCAACAUCACGGAGGCAACAAUUGCAGAUCCCUCGUUCCCUCUCGGCUAUGACUCCACCCAGUUUGAUGCUUGCCUGGAGAUUACCAUCUUGAAGGACAAUCUGGCAGCCAUCACUGACAAAGUGGUAGACACCAGCUUCCAGACAGUCAUUCUGAACAAACUAAACCAGCUCUACCCAUCAGGCCUUCCAGAAAGUGUGGUGCAGCUACUUGGCUCCACGUCUCGUGUGGCCACUGUUAGUGACAUCAGCAAGUGGAACAUCACCACAAUCGACACACUGUCCUCUCUGAUGAACUCAGAUAAUGGAGACUGGACCUCAGACCAGAGUAAAGCUGUGAUUAUGAAGUAUCUGAGUGUGCCUGGAAACGCUCUGGGAACUGAUGAGAUAAACGCAGUCGGCUCCAACCUCUGUUCUUUGGAUGUCAGCGUCCUCAAAACCAUCACUGCUGACAGCCUGAGGAAAGCAAACUCUGUGAAUGUAUCCUCGUGUUCCAUUGAUCAGAAAUCAGCUCUGUACAGCGUCGCCAACUCCUCAUUCAGCACUCAACGCAGCGACCCCACAGCGUUCUACCAGCUCAUCAGCUCUUACCUGGGUGGAGCUCCUGUGGAGGACAUACGAGCUCUUUCUACUCAGAACGUCAGCAUGGACAUCAGUACCUUCAUGAGUCUGAACCCUGCUGUGCUCAUGACCCUGAGUGUGACAACAGUGCGUGAUCUGCUGGGAAUGAAUCUGGACAGCCUGAAGCUGUUUGAGAACAGCACAGCCGUGCAGUCCUGGAUCUCUCAGCAGUACAAGACGGAGUUGGCCACCCUGAACAUCGGACUUGUGGGAGGCAAAGACGAUCCCGUCAGCUCUACAACUGCAGCCACUAAUGUUACGACACCACUGACUCAUGCCGCAAUCACUCAGACCAACUACACAGUCAAUGCUACAGCUCAGGGACUUCUGACCAUCACACUGCACACACUACAAUAA